AGCUCGUAUCGUUCGCGAAGCGCAUUCAAAACAUUGAUUCUCAAGUGCUUAUUUUACAAUCUUCAAUAUAUUCAUGGAUUCUCGAACGUUAUUGUAUUUGAUUUUCCCGACGAGCAUCUUUGCCAGGAUUUUAACAACCUGAUAAUCUGAAUGUGAAAAACAAGAAACGCUACUUUCUACAGAAUACAAAAAAAAUCCCAGUUCCCUCAACGAAAUUGAAAAUCAGUUCAGAAAAAAGAUGAAAUAUGAGUGCUUUCGAUUGGUGUUUUAAAUGGAAAAAAGUUAAAGUUUCAUUGUAAUCAAACACAAACAAAACUCCCGCAUUUUUUUUUUAUAUGAACAUCUCUCUGGACAGCAACAGCUGCACAAAAUACACCAUGAGAAACCAAAACAGUCAUGAUCGUAAAUUUAAACAUAUCAGGGAAAUGCCUUCGCAACGCCUUGCACGAGUGUCAGAAAUAAAUGAAGAAGGCAGCGAAAAUGAAGCGGAUGACAGUGCUUUGGAUCCAAAGAAUAAAAAUCGUGCCAAUCGAAAUUCAAAUCAAUUGCACGUAACCAUUAAUACAAAACCCGAAGAAAUUGAUUGUGAUGGGAAUAGUUCACAGCACAGCAAUGGAACAACUGGAUCAAAUCGACGGCCAUCAGUUUUAAUACAAGAAAUUCUAUCAACAAGAAGGCCAUCGGCUAUUAUGGCUGCAAUUCGAUCACCAAAACAAUUUGUUAAUCGUUACCGAAGAGAAUCAACAUCAUUUGAUAAUAUGCCUGAUACGCAGAUAAACGAAAAUGCAUUACUGUCGAUGAAAAAAAAUCGACGAUUUGGAGAUGAUGCAUUGAGCUCAGCCUUAUCCGCUCUUUAUGCAAAAAUUAUAGUCAUAGUUGGAAUAGCGUUGCCAGUCACAGAAGUGUUAACAUCGCGAAUUCCCUCCUUCGUGUAUCAGUCAUUUUACGUAUAUCUGUAUAUAGUUAGCAUACUGUUUGUGAUCUUUGUUUAUUCAGCACAUAUGCGCACGCGAGCUGUUCUCUCUCUCAUUAAAACUUAUCAUGAAAAAACGAAUAAUGAUUAUUCGGUGAAAAAACGAACAACACAUUUUGGUAGUUUCUACUUGAGAGUUGGGGCUAUAUCCUUUGGAAUUGGAACGAUGGUUUAUACUGGCCUCGAAAUUGGACAAUAUUUCGAAUUGAAUCGUGAUGCCAAUUGUACAACAUUUAUGAUGGCUGUCACCCCAAUUGCUCGCAUGCUUUUAUCAAUUAUUCAAAUGCAAUUUAUAUUUCUGAAUACAACUGAUUUAGAUAUGGGGCGACACAAAGUGGUUUCAAGAUUCGGUUUGAUGCAUAUGGUGGCUACCAACUUAUGCGAAUGGCUUUACGUAUUGGUAGAAGAGACAAAGCAUGAAAUUCAUCACUUCCAACACAUUAUCGGAAAGACAAUGAAUGUGACGCCGUUGCCAUCGUUUGGAUCUUAUCCACAAUUGAAUGUUGGAAACGAGGGUUUGAAAACAGUAACGCACAUUCCUGGUGAAUCAGAACGCAUGUUAACAAAACGACACAGCGAUAUCGAUACUGAUUGUAGCGAAUCAACGAUAAUGACAACACUUAUACACGAUGCAUCUCCCUUUUUGUUUCCCUGCACGAUCGAGUAUUCGCUCAUAUGCGCCGUCAUUCUGUAUGAAAUGUGGAAAAAUGUAAAAAGUAUACCGAACAUUGAACGUCAUCGUCGCAAUUCGGUCAAACCAAACGUGAUGCCACAACAAGUGAGCGCCCAUCAAUUUUCCGUCGAUUGCUCGAGAGCGCACCGCGGAAUGUUUGGAGGGAUCAUGGUGAUAGUAUUGACAAUUAUCUGUUUGAUUAUGUAUUUUGUGCUUCGUGACGUUCCCGAUUAUGAAAAAACCGCCAUCGGCGAAGUUGUUUACUGCGAAAUGAUUUUAUAUGUAUUGACAACGUUGGCCGUUCUAUCGGCCGUAUUUACAAUGCGCGAUUUGAAAUUUUUACGAAAAACAAACGAUCACCAUGGCAGCACGGUUGCAUUGGAUUGUACAUUAUUGGUGUUGGCUCAAACCGGUGUUUAUUUGUACGGUUCAUUUAGCAUAAUUGGCUGUUAUUUUGCAAUGCUUGAUGAUGUGAGUGGAAGCGCCGAAGGAUUGUUAGCAGAAAUGUUAUGCUUAAUGCAAACAUCGUUGCAAACGUUAUUCAUUCUGAAUGCCAGUUGGCGAAGAUGCAAAGGAUCACAACAGAAUCGAAAUAAGCCGGGCAGAGAAAUGGUCACAUUCUUACUGGUGGCAAAUAUGUCACUUUGGUUCAUAUUUACAUUGAUCAAAAGUCGUGCCGGCUUCCGACCAACACAUUUGGACUUUUACGGCGUGUGGGCAUGGACGGUUAUUACCCACGCAACAAUGCCACUCGCCAUUUUUUAUCGCUUUCAUUCCAGCAUUUGUUUAUUCGAAAUUUGGAAAUCAGUAUACAAAACGAAAGAACAUUAAAGACAACCCCAAUACAAUUAAGCAAAUCGAGUUUUAUUUUUCACACACAUUCAAAACAACA